GCAGUGGCUCAGUGCCAACCUCUACUCCAGGGAGGAAGGCGAUGCCAGGCGCAGGCACAGGCACAGGAGAAGUGCUUGUCAAGUCACAUAAAAACGCUCAGAAUCCACCGAGUACCCCAAGAGUUUUCUGCCCCCAGGAUGUGCGCAAAUCCUGCAUGAUAGGCACAGUAGUGACACUGUUCACUGUGCCACUUUCUAUGGUCGUGUGCUGUGUUGGUUUCCGGUGGUGGAAGGAAAAGAAAGAUGCCGCUGCCGCAGCUCCAGCAUCCUGGCCGAGAAGCCAUGACUCUCCCUCGCCCCCAGGGAGCCCAGAGACCGUCGGGUUUGGCAGCUCCCAGACAUGGCCUCCGCAGCAGCAGUUGUCCAAGAAAGCAGAGCACCAGCACUCCGUGCCUCCGCCACGGCCCCCCAGCCCGGCUGUGAAGCGGAAGCCUCCCGAGAUCCCCCCACCUCCUCCCCUCCCGAGCCCCCCGCCCUGGUCCAGCUAGGGCUGGAACGGGGCCAGCCACGGCAGUGCAUGGGCUACAAACAGCUUUGGACACCUGCCCUCCUGUACAAAUGACAUCCAUUACCUAUGGACAGCAGCCAGAGUCAGUUUUCAUACUGUUCUAACUUCAACAGGAAGGGCUGAAGAUUCUUUCCUGCCCUGUCUCAUCCUUUACCACCUGGAUAUUCAUACAGUUGGUUGCUGGCUGCAUCUGUUAAAGACUUUAGUAGCACUGCAUGUUUUACCCCACCUGUCAGGGAACAAAAAAAA